AUGAACUUUGAGGAAGAAGAAAAUCCUAAGAGAUACUGCAUUAGAGGCAAACAUGUGGCUAUUAUUUGCGCAGUGGUUGUGGGAGUGGGAUUAAUAGUGGGACUUUCUGUGGGCUUGACCAGGUCUUCUUGUGACUCCAGCGGAGACGGAGACGGAGCGCAGGGCACGACUCAGGCUCCCACCACUUCAGCUCUUCCUCCGCAGGACCAGGGACCCUGCCCGGCCAGUGAUGAUGAAAACGGACCGUGGAAAGAAUUCAGGUUGCCAGACCACAUCAAACCUGUGCACUACGACCUGGAGAUGAGGCCUGUGAUGGAGGAGGACAGGUACACGGGCACGGUGUCCAUCUCCAUCAACGUGAGUCUGCCUACCCAAUACCUGUGGCUGCAUCUCCGGGAGACGAGAAUCACCCAGCUCCCGGUGCUGAAGAAGCCCACCGGGGAGCAAGUACCAGUCAGGAGGUGUUUCGAGUACAAAAAGCAGGAGUAUGUGGUGGUGGAGGCGGCAGAAGAACUCUCAGCCAACACUGGCGCUAGUACCUACCUCUUAACUUUGGAGUUCGCGGGCUGGCUGAACGGCUCCCUCGUGGGAUUUUACAGGACGACCUACGUGGAGAAAGGAGUAAUCAAGAGCAUAGCAGCCACUGAUCAUGAACCAACAGAUGCCAGGAAAUCCUUCCCUUGUUUCGAUGAACCCAAUAAAAAGGCAACUUAUAACAUAUCUAUAAUCCACUCCAAAGAUUAUAGUGCACUUUCAAAUAUGCCAGUGGAGAAAACAGAAUCCAUAGAUGACAAAUGGAAUCGAACUACAUUCCAGAAAUCUGUUCCCAUGAGCACUUACCUUGUAUGCUUUGCUGUCCAUCAAUUUGUGGCUAUAGAGAAAACAUCAAAGAGCGGAAAACCUCUCACCAUUUAUGUCCAGCCAGAGCAAAGGCACACAGCUGAGUAUGCUUCAGCCAUAACGAAAAGUGUGUUUGAUUAUUUUGAAGAAUACUUUGCAAUGGAAUACUCUCUUCCUAAAUUAGAUAAAAUCGCUAUUCCAGAUUUUGGCACUGGUGCUAUGGAGAACUGGGGCCUCAUCACUUACAGGGAGACCAAUCUGCUUUACGACCCCCAAGAGUCAGCUUCAUCAAACCAACAGAGAGUGGCCAGUGUGAUCGCCCAUGAACUUGUGCAUCAGUGGUUUGGAAAUAUUGUAACCAUGGACUGGUGGGAAGACUUGUGGCUAAAUGAAGGAUUUGCUUCCUUCUUCGAGUACGUGGGAGUAGACCACGCACAAGAAGACUGGCAAAUGCUGGAUCAGAUGCUACUUGAAGAUGUGCUACCUGUUCAAGAAGAUGAUUCUUUGAUGUCUUCACAUCCAAUUGUUGUCACUGUGAACACCCCUGCUGAAAUAACAUCCGUGUUCGAUGGAAUAUCCUAUAGCAAGGGAGCAUCCAUUCUUCGAAUGCUGGAAGAUUGGAUAACGCCAGAGAAAUUUCAAAGGGGAUGCCAGAUAUAUCUGCAGGAACAUAAAUUCAAGAAUGCCAAAACAUCAGAUUUUUGGGAUGCACUGGAAAAGGCAAGUGGUAUGCCUGUGAAAGACGUAAUGGACACCUGGACUAGACAGAUGGGUUACCCUGUCCUUAAUGUGAAAGAUAUGAAGAAUAUCACACAGAAACGUUUUCUCUUGGAUUCUAAAGCCGAUCCAUCCCAGCCACCUUCAGAUCUUGGUUACACAUGGAAUAUUCCAAUUAAAUGGAUUGAAGAUAAUCGAACAAGUAUGACACUUUAUAAUAGGUCAGAAAAAGGAGGAAUAAUUUUGAACUCUUCUGAUCCUACUGGAAACGCUUUCCUCAAAAUAAACCCAGAUCAUAUUGGGUUUUAUCGUGUAAAUUAUGAAGAAUCAACUUGGAACUACAUAGCUGAAAAUCUCUCCUCUAACCACAUGAGCUUUUCUUCUGCUGAUCGUGCAAGUCUUAUUGAUGAUGCCUUUGCCUUGGCAAGAGCUCAACUUCUUAGUUAUGGCGUGCCUCUAAACUUGACCAGGUAUCUCCAUGAGGAAAGAGAUUUCUCACCAUGGCAGAGAGUCAUUUCAGCGGUAACAUAUAUCAUAAGUAUGUUUGAAGAUGAUGAAGAGAUAUAUCCUAUGAUUCAGAAAUAUCUACUACGUCAAGUGAAGCCUAUUGCUGAUAUUCUGGGAUGGAAUGAUAGUGGAACUCACAUAACAAAGUUACUCCGUACGUCUGUUCUAGGACUCGCGUGCAAGAUGGGAGACAGAGAUGCUUUGAACAAUGCUUCCCAAUUAUUUGAGGAAUGGCUAAAAGGAAACGUAAGUCUUCCUGUAAAUCUUAGACUUCUAGUAUAUCGGUAUGGAAUGCAAAAUUCAGGCAAUGAGACCUCAUGGAAUUACACUCUUCAGAGAUAUGAGGCGACAUCACUGGCUCAAGAAAAGGAAAAACUGCUCUAUGGAUUAGCAUCAGUGAAGAAUGUUACUCUUUUGUCAAGGUAUUUGGAUUUGCUCAAGAACUCAACUCUUAUUAAAAGUCAGGAUGUGUUUACAGUCAUCCGAUAUAUAUCAUAUAACAGUUAUGGGAAGACCAUGGCCUGGAAUUGGAUACAACUCAACUGGGAAUAUCUAGUCAACAGAUAUACCCUCAAUGACAGGAACCUUGGCCGAAUCGUCACAAUAGCAGAGCCUUUCAACACUGAACUACAGCUCUGGCAGAUAAAGAGCUUUUUUGACCGGUUCCCAGAAGCUGGAGCAGGACAAACACCCAGGGAGCAAGUGCUGGAAACAGUGAAGAACAAUAUUGAGUGGCUAAGACAAAAUAGAGACACCAUUAGAGCAUGGUUUUUGGAUGUAACUCAGAAUGGCUAG